AUGCACGCCGUCACGAACCCAAACAGCCGCCCACCACAACCCUUAGCCCCCCACCGCCCGGUCCUCCCCGGAACAGCCAUAGGGGGUCCUUCCGGUCCGCUGUUCGCCUUCUCGCCCGCCUACCAAGGCCAGCAUUCGCACCAGAACGCUUCAGCCAACAUCCCCGACACCCUCAACUGCGCCGUCUGGGUGCGCAACCUACCACCGGACGUGACGUACCACGAGCUCCUCUCAACGGUCCGCCACAUUGGCCGCGUCUGGUGCAGCUACAUCAACGAGCCCGACUAUAUCCGGCACACCACCGCCGCCGCCAAAAUUGUCUUUUUCCGACCGGUCGCCGCGCAGCGGUACCUUGUCCACAUUAACUCCAUGCGUCCCGCCAUCCGUGGCUUUGCCGUGCGCGUGGCGUACAACCGCGUCAAGAUUCCCGCGCAGCCGGACCACAACACGAACCAUAGUCGGUGCAUCCUCGUCACCGGCACAAAGGCGUUUGCGCGGUGGGCCAACCUCGAGGCAUGGUUCCAGCGCCUCUUUGUGUUUCAGGUCGACGAGGCCUAG